CAGUUUCAUAACAGAGAAACUAUCUAACCGAAACAGAAGGAGAAGAUGAAUAACAUAACAGCAAGUGAAAUUGCAGGGCUUGGAGUUGGGUCUUUACUUUUAUGUUGUGCCAUUGCUGCUCCUAAAAUUGAUUCUUUCAUUUCUUCUUCACAAAGAAGCUCGUUGGGAAUGUGCAAGACAUGCGGUGAUCUAAGGAUGGUGGCAUGCUCAAAAUGUAGAGGAAUUGGAGUGGUGAAAGCUGACGGCCCAUUCAGUUUCAAUAUGAUGGAUGAUUUGUAUCAGUCCCUUGGCGGUGAACCGAAAGUGAAAACGUUUAAAUGUUCUAAAUGUCAAGCUCGAGGUCGCUUCUCCUGCCCUGAUUGCUCUGCAGUUUAAUCAGCUUAGUUAUCUGUAGCCCUUGUAAACAAUAGUUGUCAUGUGCUUAUUACAGAACUUGGCUAUUUACCUUGUAUUCAGCCCCUCCUGUUACAGAAAACAAUAGCAGGAUUCUAUAUUUCUCGAGUAGUAUGUAGAAAAAAGAAAUUCAUAACUCUUGUUAUGUAUGAUGGAUAUCUGGAAUUUGUAUCCUGAGUAAAUAUUUCUUUCCUAAUCAAAUUUAAAAAGAAAUUAAAGA